AUGGCUUCUGCACAUUCCUCAGCUCUCAAUUCUCUCUCUUCUCUCUCUUUCCGUUCCUCUCGUUUCUCUCUCCUCCCCACAACCAACAAACUGACAUUCCCUCUCCUCACCAAAACCACCACUCUCUCCUUCACCACGAAAGCCACCCCCUUCGACGACAACUCAUUCGUCUCCGAAGAAAUUCUUCCGGUCAACCCACCCGAAGUCCCGGAAGGCUUCAUCGCCCCACCUUCCAUAUUCGAGGGACCAGACGAAGAAAAAGAUGAAAUUACUGCUGCAUAUGAAGAUAUUUACGGGACGGCGUACAGUGGGGUGAGUGUGCUUGGAAAUGAUGUAUAUGCGAUGGAUUCAAAGACGAGGAAGGCGAGUGGGCUUCGUACUCGACGGAAGACAGAGAAGCUUAGAGAUGGGUUUCAAGAAAGAGUUGUGCAAGUGAACAGGGUUAGUAAGGUUGUUAAAGGAGGGAAACGAAUGAGCUUUAGGGCUAUUGUUGUUGUUGGUGAUAGGAAAGGACAAGUUGGUAUUGGUGUUGGGAAGGCUAAGGAAGUUGUGUCUGCUAUUCAGAAAGCUGCUAUUAAUGGUAGGAGGAAUCUUAUUAAAGUUCCCUUGACUAAGAACUUCACUUUUCCUCAUAGAUCAGACGGAGAGUAUGGAGCAGCAAAAGUGAUGCUUAGACCUGCUUUUUCCGGUUCUGGAGUUAUUGCUGGUGGAUCUGUGAGAAUUGUUCUUGAAAUGGCAGGUGUUGAGAAUGCUUUGGGGAAACAACUAGGAAGUGACAAUCCACUCAACAAUGCCAGAGCAACUGUAGCUGCAAUGCAGAAAAUGAAGCAGUACACUCAGGUCUCCGAAGAGCGUGGGAUUCCUAUAGAAGAGUUAUGGAAGUAA